AUGGCAAAGCGAGCCUCACAGCCAUGGGGAGUUGCAAGAUUUUUCUUGGCCCUCGGAGGAAUGUUCCUCUUGGCCAUAUUUGGAGAUCUGCGCGCCCUGACGUCUUCCAAUGAUGCCAUCGCCUCUGUCUCGGGUGCUGUUUCUGCUGCGGGUGCAGCCCUCGACCAGUCGAUGCGACGGGCCGAAAGCUUCGAUGCUUGGACGCCAUCGCCAACUGCUGAAGCAAAGCCAGCCGACAUCCGUCCAGCCGAAGAUGCGCCCAAUGCUCUGCCGAGACUCGUGGAGCAGGAAGGUCAAGGGCAAGCGCAGCAAGAUCAGCAGGGGCAGCAAGGGCUUGAAGGGCCUCAGCCGUCAUCCAAGUUUGGCUUCUAUCUACAUGUCUAUGCCGAUCCAGCCGCUGUGAUUCACCAAGUGCGGCAGGUCAGGCGGCACUUUCCAGACUCUCCUGUUUAUGUCAUGAGCGAUGGGGGGAUGGACUUCAGCAAUCUGUGUAAGCAAGAGAAGUGCAUUUUCACGCUCUGCCCGCCAGCCAACGACCGCUGGCACCCAUGGCCAUUUUUCAGGCGUAUCUACGAUGCGGCCCUGAGUCUCAACACCGAGUUUCUCAUCAUGCUGGAGCCGGACAACACGAUACACGGCCCAGUCAAGCGCCUGCCGCAGCACGAUGCGGGAGGUGUCCACGUCCCAAGCCGUCAUUUCAGGCUCGCUGAGCACGUGGAGCAACUAGCACAGAAACGAGUUCCUGGGUUUCAAUGGGAUGCUGAAAGUAUGCAAGCUGGGCUCUGUGGGGGGGCCUAUUUCCGCACAGAGACUGUGCUGGAUGCGUUCUCUGAUGAAAACAUGAUGCAGAUUGACUGGAACCUCCUUGGAGAGAGUGUCGACAAAGAAGUCUUCUCGUCGGAUUUUGCCAUGCAGUAUGCCCUCGCUGCUCGAGGAUGGCGCGUCAGCAUCUGGGAGGAGGUAGCGCAGAUGGACAAAGACAAGGACCAGCCCCUUGCUGGUCCUCGUGAUGCUGCCUUCCGUCAUUAUUGCUCUUGCUACCCUGGCGGCAAACCCACCUACAAUCUGAAGCUUCAACCAGAGGAUGAAGAUUUGUUUGCCCCGGCACCAGCAGAGUAUACCGUUCAGAACUCCAACUGCCAGCUCUGCUACAGCCUGGACCGAUAUGUGGAGAAUUGGGGAAAUGCCAAGUGUACCAAUCGAUUGCCGUUCUCAUACUCGCAGAAGCUGAUGGACACGUACCAUCCCGACCUGAAGACCAAGCCGUGCGACUUACCCUUUCUCUGCAAGCCCCAGCAAGUGAUGCCAGCCGCCGUGGCGCGGGAUUCGAAAUACGGAUUCUACUUGCAUGUCUACGCAGAUCCGGCUGCAGUCAUCUUCCAGGUUCGGCAGCUUCGUAAACAUUUUCCUGGUUCACCGAUUUAUGUCAUGAGUGAUGGCGGCAUGGACUUUUCACCUCUAUGCGAGCAGCAAGGAUGCACUUUCAGGCUGUGUCCUCCAGCAAACGAUCGAUGGCAUCCAUGGCCUUUCUUCCGGCGGCUUUACGAUGCAGCAGAGAACCUCAACACCGAGUACGUCAUCAUGCUUGAGCCGGACAACACCAUUCAUGGCCCGAUCAAGCGUGAGCCGAAGCAUGAUGCGGGAGGAAUAUAUGUGAAGGACCGCAGCUUUGGGUUAGUUGACUAUGUUGAGAAGUUGGCGAAGGAGCGGGUUCCAGGCUUCAAGUGGACUCACAAGGCCAUGUCUGCAGGCCUGGCUGGCGGGGCCUACUUUAGGAGGGAGGCCAUUCUAGAUGCUCUCUCGGAUGAGAACAUGAUGAAACUUGAUUGGAAUAUGCUUGGUGAGCAGGCGACAAAGGAGAUCUAUUCCUCGGACUUUGCCAUGCAAUAUGCCUUCGCCGCGCGUGGCUGGCGGAUAGAGCCGUGGGAGGAGACUGCACAAAUGGACAAGAACAAGGACAUCCCCUUAACUGGGCCGAAGGACGCAUCUUUUCGCCACUAUUGCUCCUGCUAUCCUGGCGGCAAGCCGACAUACAACAUCAAGCUGAAGAAGGAGGAUGAGAAGCUGGUGCGGUCUGGACCGGAGAAGUACCAGCAAACCAACUCUGUUUGCCAGCUCUGUUACAACUUGAGCCGCUACACUGCGCUCUGGGGCACCACGAACUGCACCAACAAGAUUCCGUUUCAGUACUCCCAGCUCCUCAUGGAAAGGUACCAUCCCGAAGUUUUGAGGGGCAAGUGUGAGUUGCCGUGGCUUUGCCAGCGAUCAAAGAGGUGA